CAUAGUAACGAUGUUAACAAAGAUGGCGACCUCUAUUACUGUAGUCUGUUCACUUUUAAAUCUGCUAUGUUUGCUGCUUCUGAGUGUUGCCGCCACAACGGACGAAAAUUCGACGAAGUACGACUCAAAUUCCAGUGUGUUAGUUGAGCAGAAUGUCACAUAUUUCGCAUACACGGACAGUUUUACAACCCUACCGCCUGACUCGACGACCGCUGUGACACACGGCUACAGCAGUACGGAGGAUCCGGGGCCGCCGUCCCUGUCUGCCGACCCGCUGCCUCUGUCCGGCCGGCUGCCCUCUCCUGUCACAGACGUGGGCAGGUUGUGUCCCUGUGAUGAGCAGAGGGACCUAUGUGACGUCAACUGCUGCUGUGACAGAGACUGUGGUGAGGAGGUGGCUUUGUUCACCGGCUGCUCAAUCCACACUGUCAGUGGUAACAAGCAGCUGUGCAGCCAGGAUGCAGCACACUACACUUUAGGCAGCACAGUGGACGGCCUCUCAGAGCUCCACUCCUCGGUCCAGAAAGAGAUAAACAAUGGCAUCUUCUGCAUUCAGUCACACAACUAUGUUGAAGGUUUGUCUUUUGCCCCGCCUGUUCUUCCAACCGACAGCAACUUUGAUUCUCUCUUAAACCAAUUUGCCAACUUUAUUUUUGGUUCUGAGAAGAUCAGUGGUAAAUUAUCCAGUGUGGAGCACCAGGCAUCAUCUGGAUACCAGUAUGGGGAUGUAAUGACAACAGCAGGAGAGAAUGGAGAGAGAGGGAUGUUCUGGUUGCCAGCUCCCGGUGUCACCACCGACUGUCUGGACCUGAGUCCUGCAGCUUUCUUACAGGAGCAGAGUAAUAGUUGUUCACGGCGUCUCGUCCUUGACCAGGACUGUGGCACUCUGCUGGCCCUCAACAUGAUCACCUACACCAACAUCCGGCUGCUCGCUUCAAAGAAAAAAGAUGCAGCAGUUGUUGCUGUGGAGGUGGCAUCAGUCAUCCAGCAGUCUUUGGAUGGGACUCAGACUGAGGUGCAGCUUGAUGUUGGUGAAAACUUGAGGGCAGUUCUCCUGAAUCCAGACCUUUGUGCUAAUGUGGUGCUGGAGGUUGGCUUUGUUGUGAAGUAUAACCCAGCUGGUGAGAUCAUGAAUGUGAUGGCAUCUUUGGUCCUUGGAUUUGUUCAUGCAGACACAUUACCCUUGGAGCAGAAGUUUCACAUUAAAUAUGUCCAGCAGGAAAUUGCUGAAGAAGUGGCCGUCCAUCACAGUGGCAAUCCAGGUUAUGUGGUAGGACUCCCUCUUGUGUCUGGAAAAAGAACAGCAGAUGGUAUUAUUAGAAGCACUGAUCCCAGAGAAACACUGACUUUUCUCCGAAGUGCCAAAGACCAGGAUUGUCUCCACGGACCCCAUCAGCGCUCUCCCAUCCUGUUCGGUGUGGACGUGUUGUCCGGCUGCACGUUAAGGCCAGAUGUCCUUCACUCAGCAAAACAGAUUUCUGCUUACCUGUACAAUUACUUUACAGCCAGUGAAAUGUGUCAUAAUGACUUGCAGAGUCUCUUGUCUCACUGCAGACUGGAAGAUGCUGCCAACUGUUCCCUGGUGUCCCAAGUGCUUCUGGGUGUUCUGAGAGGUCAAAAUUAUCCCCAAUAUGUAGCCAACUUUGGAUCAUCCCCACCGAACAAUCCAAUGGACUGGGUUCCCAUCAGUAACAACUCCAAACUUGAGGAAGCCCAGACUUGCAGCAUCCCAUUGUCACUUCAUUUGGAAAUUGAAUGGACCAAAUACGGAUCCUUGCUGAAUCCCCAAGCUCAAAUUGUGAGCAUUAAAGAAGUUCUCCAAACCAACACCAGCGACUUGGCCUUGCUGACUGGCGGCAGCAGUCUUCUGACAGUCAGCAGUUCUGUGACCUUCACACCGGUUUCUGCUGCUGCUCUUCCUGGCUUCAGAGCCUUGCCUACUCUCGAUGCCAAACUGCCCUUUGAAUUCUUCUUCCCUUUUGUGUGACUAACCAACUGUAAGGACGCUUGGUGCAACAGUCUCCAGCAUUGUGCUCCCCAGUGCUGUAAUCAUCGGAUUAAGAAUUGCCAUUGCAGCCUGGCAAAUGGCAAAUCCUGAUCAUUGUUAUCUUUCAGUAUGUUCUCCAUUCGCAUUACUGUACAUAGUGUUAAUAAUGUAUAUAUUUGUAAUAAAAUAAAAUAUUUGAAUAAAAAAGAAAUCAGU